CUCACACUGGACAGUUCCUACCCUGUAAUAUUUUGUGCUUCCCUAUCUGGGGUUUUUCAUCUAGCUAAAAACAUGGCCUCUAUGGGUGCACGCCAGGUCUUGCUAACGCCGGUGCGGUAUAUUCGACACAAGCCUUGGAUCCCGAAGUUUCGUCUAAUCCGCCAAAUGCAGCCGUGGGUGCAACCUUUUGAUCCAGACCACAUCUUUCUUGGUGGAAAAAGUGGAAUGGAGCGUGUUACUUCAACAGAAAUUCGAGAACAGCUUCGUCGCAAUGGACUGAUGCCCCCAAUUCUGUUCCAGGAUCGUCCUAUUAAUUUAACACAUUCCGGUCGCAUCUUCGAUGAAUACGUCCCCCCUGAGGGUGAUGGAAAAUCGUCUCUCCUUUCCAACAGGGGUGUGUCAGGGGUAAAGGAUACAGUAAUGAACAACACAAAAACAGUCCGAGCAACACAACGUAUCAAGAAACACAAGCCGACAUUCAGUACGUCUGGAUUUUUGUCAGAAGCAGACGCAAUUUAUAAGGAGGCUCACACUCUUCUUCCCAAAUUCUUUGACAACGAAGAGAGGCUUCUCGAGUUGACUACUGAAAAGGCCUUUGCGGACAUGACCGAGGGUCUACAACUGCGAGUUCUGCGCUGGAGCUUUGAGGGCAGCAUAGAGCCGCCGCGCGUGGUCAGCUGUCGGACCCAGGAAACCAUGGGGAAGGGUAAUAUUUUUGCCCAAGUCACCGUUCGCUUCCAUACCCGUCAGGCAAGUCUUUCCUCUUAUUAUAAACCUUUCGUCAUUCUUGCCAUCUACGAUCGUUUCGGUCGCCUGCUCUACGGUCACCCGUCUAGUUCAGUUGACGUCCUUGAGUAUGUUGUCUUCGAGAAUUACAUUACCGACGAGUACAGUCGUUGGCGCAUUCACGGCAAGGUGGUGCCCCCGUGGGCGCGUGGGUUCGCCGCGGCUCCUCAGAAGACCUACCGCCUUCCGGCCACCGCCACCGCCGACAAGGUGCAGCCAACAGCGCCCUCCUCGGAACAACUCCCUAACCCUGUUUAG